AUGUUGCGGGUCUCAGGCUAUGAUGGUGAUGACUUAGAAAGCACUUCCACGGCUGCGGGAUUACCACCAACAAAAACUGUGGAGAACUUACCAGUUCCGGUGACGAUUAGUGAUAUUCACUCAUUUGUUAAUGCCGAGGAGAAAUAUGAGUGUGGAGUUUUCUCUUUCACUACGGUUAUAACGGUUGGAAUUGUUAAGUCUGCAUUCGAGCAAGAAGAUACGAUUUGUCAUAUUUUGGGUGAUCCUGAGGAUAUGGAUAAAGUUUGUCGAGUGGUGACCUACAGUGGUAUAUCUGACGUAGAAGUUGAAAAGACUCUUUUUGAAGGUGGCAUGGCCAACAUAUGUCAAUUAUUCACUUCCAAUGGUAUAAGCGGUUUAAGAGUUCCAAAUGUACUUUACGGUAAGGAUACCCUAUUGUUUGUUGUGGGUAUAUUGCGUUCCUUUUCUAACGAUCAUGGUAUAUUGUCAUUCCAUGUCCGUGAGCUUGUUAACGAGUCAGAAUUCAAGGCCUUC